UUUUUUGUUAUGCAACCCAGAAUACAUUAACAACUUUGAGGUUAAAUUCACCAAAGACUGAAAUGUAAAUAAAACAUAUUUUCAAUGAUUCGAAAGCGAAAAAUAGUCCUUUUAACGGUAAUAAUAUUGUUAUUAUAUUUAGUGACAACAAAUUAUAUACUUAUCAUACUAAACAAGUCAGAAAAUGGCUUAGAAAGCAAUGAAGUCAGUGUAGAAAAGUAUAUACUUAAAAAACUAGAUAAUUUAUCGCCAGAAUAUAUAAUUAAACCUAAAGAAAAUGUUGUUAUUGAAACGUUAAUUAAAAAUAUUAAACUUGUUAGUAAAUAUAAUGUUAAGGAUGUGUGGUCGGAAGCAGAUUCAUGGGUUACUAAUUCACAAGUAGUAAAUGUAAAUAGUUCAAAUGUAGGUAACGUUUUAAAUGCUCUGAAAGAUUCUAAAAUAAUUAGAGCUGAUCUUGACACAAGGGGAACACAGUUGAAAUUCCUAUUAACCUUAGAGGGUAAUCAGUUGGUCGUAUUUAAACCAAAGUGGUAUGAAAUUGACAGAAUCAUAGAAGGACCAGUCUAUGCAGGGAAAGAUAGAUAUGGCUCUGAAAUAUUGGGUUUCUACUUAUCCCUUUUAUUUAAAAAACCUUUAACCCCUUUAAGUGUUGAACGUGAUAUAUCGUUGAGCAAAGAUGUGAUACCUGUAGCUACUAAAAGACUGUUAGAAACGUCGUUUCAAAGGGGCAACAAAACUUGUGUGUUCGGUAGGUGUUUAUAUUGUAGAAAGGAGGAUCCCAUUUGCGAUAAUGAAGAGAACUACUUGAAAGGUGCUGUGAUAUUUAAUAUUAAGGGAAAUUUCAAAACUCAUAGAUCUCCGUGGCAAAGAACUUAUAAGAAAGGCAAAAAGGCAGCUUGGGAAAAAAAUCCCAAUUAUUGCAAGGUUGUUAAAGAAAAACUAAGCAAGAAAAGACUGUAUGACUUAAUAGACAUAUCAAUUUUUGACUUUUUACUCCAAAAUGGGGAUAGACAUCACUAUGAGACAAUGGACGAUACUGUCCUAUUGUUGGAUAAUGGAAAAGGUUUGGGAAAUCCAUUAAUUAACCAUAUUGAUAUUUUAGCUCCUCUAUAUCAAUGUUGUAUAUUGAGGCGAGAGACCCUCAACAAUUUAAUGCAACUUAGGGGUGGCAAGUUAAGAGAAUACUUGGAUUCUAUGCCAAAAAUUUGGGAUAUUGUUACAAAAGCUCAUUUAAUUGCUAUUGAAAAGAGAUUGCAAAUUGUUUUUGCUACUGUUGAGUAUUGUAAAAGUAUUAAAAGGAGAGAACAAAAUGUUUAAGUUUAUUUUUUAUAAUUAUAAAUUUGGUUAAAAAAUAAAAAGUUAAGAACAAUGUA